AUCCCACAUCUCAUUCCCGCGGCGGGUAUGGCCGUUCGCUUCUCGCUUUCAAGGCUUCUGUCUGGUUUGAAAUUAUGAUUUAUGUAAUUUGACUUUGAUGAGGCGAAAAAUUGGGAAAAGCAGCUGUUCGUCGGACUAGGACGUCGGAUAAAGCUCGCCACACGAGCGAGAUCACGAGGUAUUUCGCGGAGGGUUGCAGAAAUUAGAAAUCAGAAUCCCGAGGAUGGGCUCCGGCCAGAGUGCCCGCAAGUUGACCAUCUCGAACGAGGAGGAAGUCGGGGUGAUCAAGGUGUCAAACGCGAUCGUACAGCGUCUCGCUCAGGGGGAGAGAUCAAAGUCGCACAAGCCACUGCCGGAUGAGAAACCUGCCGCACCGAUCCAAGACCCGGUGAACCCCCCUGACGCCAGUGAAGCGACAACUGGGCAGCCAGUGUAUUAUCCAGAGUUGACGGUGUCCGCUCUUCAAAUACAGCAGCAAAUGGAAGAGGAACUGAAUCGGCAGAAUCAGUACUGGCAGAGGCGUCUACAAACUAUUGAAGAUAGUUACCAAAAGAUUAAUCGCGUUUUAGAGGAAGAAUACAAAAAGGCAGCUAACGAGUCCUCUGUUGCUAAGUCUGAGGGACAAACAAUUGCAAAUAUCCAGAAUGUAGUGCAACCGUGUUUAGAGAACAGUAACAAAGUUCUGAAGUGUUUCCAGGACCAUCCCAAAGAGACUCUGAAAUGUUCAGAUUUGGUGGAAGAGUUUUCAAAUUGUGUCUGGAAGGUGCAUACAUGCAUGAUCGAAACGCGUUCGUAAUAUAUUCUAUUUGCGCAUUUCUUGGAUCAUAACAUCUUCAAAACAGGACAUUUAGUUGACAGAUAAAUUGUAUAUCAAAUUGUAAUGCCUAAAAUGCUUGUCUCAGCAGAAUUGUUGCUGAUGAAAAAUAGUAUAAAGCAAAGAGUACAUGAGGAGAAAUGUAAAAAAUAAAUGAAUAUAUAUUGUGAUUUAUAACAAAAUGA